CGCCGCGCGGCGGGAUGUGGGAGGCCGGAGACGCGAGCGCUGGACAGGAGCUCUCCGGAGUAAACACACCUUCCCGAUCGAGGCGAAGCGAGGAGUGGAAUCGGGCCGCGCGGCGCCGAGUCGAAUGAACUCAGAGCCGAAACAAAUCUGGAUUACAACGGAGAACGAUCGCAUUGAGCUUUUUCCACGAGAGAGUACAAGGGGGGGAGCGCGCGCGCGCGACAUCAUGCGCGGAAACACGGUCUGUGAGGGUGGAUCUGCCGCAAAGCGGGACGCGUUCGCACGCGCCCAGCACACCCGUUGAUGUGCUUUUUUAUGUGCUGUGCAUCCGCGUGGCGCGUGCCGAGGGUGCUCGACGUGUGACAUUCACGCGGGGUGCGCGGACGUGCCUUAAAAACUGCUGCUGCUACACCCUCCGGGGGAUGGUAAUACGUAAAUAAAUAAAUUAACUAAUUAAACGAACAAAUAGAUAUGAAUAAGACGAGGCAAGUGGGAUGUUGCUAACCGUUGCGUUGCUGGAAAGGUUACCAGGAGGAGGGCACGAACAGCUGAGGUGUAGGCGAAACAGAUGUUUGUAAUUUAAGUCGUGUUUGUGCUUGAGAGGGGAUACCGGCGGUCCUGCGCUAACUCUUCAUCAAUGACAAAGCCAAAUAAAAACUAAAAACUGGCACAAGAAGCGGAGGGAAAUCCGUUGGAAUCGGAACCGGUGCCGCGACCCCCGUCCGACCCGCCCGGUCCCAAACUGCUGGCAGAGUCGGAGUUUGUUUGCCCGGCAUUUUGUGCUCAUUACUCGUAGGGGUAAAAUAUCGAAAUAAAAUUCAACAACAGUACACUGUAUAAUACUGUAAUACAGUGUCAUAAGCCUGAACUCCGUUUUGGACACCGGGAUUUAUUCGCGGGCUGCUCACAGCGAGUUGCUACUGCAGCAGCACGCGGCAUGUCCGUGCGCGCGCCGCGCGGGUUCCGGCUCGAGCUCAGUGUCGGGGCCGCGCCGCUCCUCUGAAGGCGGGAAAGAAGGGUGUGUCCGCGCGGGGCCGCCCUCCACCAGGUCCAUCGGGCCAUCGGCUCCUCCUCUGCCAUGGAUGACUCGGGCAUCAUUCGGCGCCGGAGGCUCCAGAAGGAGCUUCCUCUGCCUCGAAAAAGCAGCAGCUGCCGCACGAGUAACAGGAAGAGCCUCAUCCUAACCAGCACUUCGCCAACCCUGCCACGUCCACAUUCCCCACUUCCCGGCCACAUUGGAAGUAGUCCCCUGGACAGCCCACGCAACUUCUCGCCCAGCACUCCUGCGCACUUCUCCUUCGCCUCCUCCAGGAGCCACGGGCACAGAAGUGACAGGGCAGAUGGUCGGCGGUGGUCCCUGGCUUCACUGCCCUCAUCAGGAUAUGGGACCAACACCCCCAGCUCCACGUCCUCCAGCUCCUCCCAGGAGCGCCUGCACCAGCUGCCCUUCCAGCCCACCAUGGACGAGUUGCACUUCCUGUCCAAACACUUUGGCAGCACCGAGAGCAUCACCGAUGACGACGGGCGUCGCUCCCCACACGUCCGCCCACGCUCUCGGAGUCUCAGCCCUGGACGGUCACCCUCCUGCUAUGACAACGAAAUUGUCAUGAUGAACCAUGUCUACAAGGAGCGCUUCCCCAAGGCCACGGCGCAGAUGGAGGAGCGCUUGGCCGACUUCAUCCAGGCCUACUCCCCAGAGAACGUGCUGCCUCUCGCCGACGGGGUCCUCAGUUUCAUCCAUCACCAGAUUGCUGAGCUGUCCCGCGACUGCCUGACCAAGGCACGCGAAGGCCUCAUCACCUCUGUCUACUUCUUGGAAUUGCAGGAGAACCUGGAGAAGCUGCUGCACGACGCGUACGAGCGUUCCGAGAGCUCAGAGGUGGCUUUCGUCACAGAGCUGGUCAAAAAACUGCUCAUCAUUAUCUCCCGGCCUGCCCGACUCCUCGAGUGCCUGGAGUUCAAUCCUGAGGAGUUCUACCACCUCCUGGAAGCAGCAGAGGACCACGCCAAGGAGGGGCAACUGGUGAAGACGGACAUCCCUCGCUACAUCAUCAACCAGCUGGGUCUCACCAGGGACCCCCUAGAGGAAAUGGUGAACCUGGACAGCUACGACAGCGAGGGACCCCACACCCCUGAGACAGAGGAUUCUGAGGGUAAAACGAGAGCCAAAAAGCCACCCACCGAAACCGACUUUCAGACCAUCAAGCUGAUCAGCAACGGGGCCUACGGGGCGGUGUACCUGGUGAGGCACAGAGAGACUCGGCAGCGCUUUGCAAUGAAGAAGAUCAACAAGCAGAACCUGAUACUGCGAAACCAAAUCCAGCAGGCCUUUGUGGAGCGGGACAUCCUAACCUUUGCUGAGAACCCCUUUGUGGUCAGCAUGUUCUGCUCCUUCGAGACUCGCCGCCACCUCUGCAUGGUCAUGGAGUAUGUGGAGGGCGGUGACUGUGCCACUCUGCUGAAGAACAUCGGGGCACUGCCUGUAGAGAUGGCGCGCAUGUACUUUGCAGAGACUGUGCUUGCUCUGGAAUAUUUGCACAACUAUGGAAUUGUUCACCGUGACCUGAAACCUGACAAUCUGUUGAUCACUUCCAUGGGGCACAUCAAGCUGACCGACUUUGGCCUUUCCAAAAUGGGAUUGAUGAGCCUGACCACGAACCUGUAUGAGGGACACAUUGAGAAGGAUGCAAGGGAGUUCCUGGACAAGCAGGUGUGUGGCACCCCAGAGUACAUUGCCCCGGAGGUGAUCCUGCGGCAGGGCUAUGGCAAGCCAGUGGACUGGUGGGCCAUGGGUAUUAUCCUGUAUGAAUUCCUAGUGGGCUGCGUGCCAUUCUUUGGGGACACACCCGAGGAGCUCUUCGGACAGGUCAUUACAGAUGACAUUGUCUGGCCGGAGGGAGACGAGGCACUUCCUGUGGAUGCCCAGAACCUGAUCUCUGCCCUGCUGCAGACCAACCCUCUAGUGCGGCUGGGUACAGGUGGUGCCUUUGAAGUGAAGCAGCAUUCCUUCUUCUCUGACUUGGACUGGAACAGCUUGCUGAGGCAGAAAGCCGAGUUCAUCCCGAACCUCGAGUCCGAGGAGGACACCAGCUACUUUGACACGCGUUCAGAGCGCUACCACCACAUCAACUCCUAUGAUGAAGAUGACACCAAUGACGACGAGCCGGUGGAGAUCCGCCAAUUUUCCUCCUGCUCGCCACGCUUCAGCAAGGUAUACAGCAGCAUGGAGCACCUGUCCCAGCUGGAGCAGAAGCCGGCCCCCGUCACACGGAGGGAGCACAAGGGCCACAAGGAGGAUAAAGUCAUCAAGCGGGAGAGCCUGGGUAGCUUCACAAUGAGGGACAAGAGCUGGCGAACGGGCUCUCCAGAGUUGAAGCGUCUAUCCUGCUCCGAGUCCUUGUACAUGGAGGGGGACUCAAGCCCCCCGUUAGGUGCACGCCGUAGGUUCUCAGCCCUGAUGGACACUCACCGAUUUGCGUCGCCCCUGGAAGGGGAGCCAGAGGUCCCGGCACGACAGCCCCCAGUCAAGAGCAGGGGUAUGUCCCUGGAGGGGGCAGCUUAUACCCCACCCAGCCAAGCAGAGCAGAAGCCCAUCCUGAAGGAGGGAGCCGACGCCACCGUGGCAGUGCAUUCUCCAGAAAAGCUGUCAAAGCUUGGAGAGCCCGUCACUGAGCAAGCCACACAGCCUGCUGCUGGGGUGGCGGGGACACCAAGAGAGACAGAGACCACCGACCCCCUUGGGCCCCGGGCCACAAACGACCUGGUCCUGCGUCGGGUGCGGCAUCAGCAGGUGCCAAGUGAGGUGGACAAGCGCAGCUCGAGACCCGGAACAAAAGUUAUCAAGUCUGCCUCGGCCACUGCUCUGUCUGUCAUCAUCCCCACAGUGGAGCAACAUGUGAGCUCCCCUCUGGCCAGCCCCAUGUCCCCACGCUCCCUCUCCUCCAACCCGUCGUCCCGGGACUCCUCCCCCAGCCGGGACUACUCCCCUGCGGUCAGCGCACUGCGUUCACCUAUCACCAUCCAUCGCUCGGGCAAGAAGUACGGCUUCACGCUGCGUGCCAUUCGUGUCUACAUGGGCGACAGUGACGUCUACAGCGUGCAUCACAUUGUCUGGCACGUCGAGGAGGGAGGCCCUGCUCACGAAGCAGGAUUGUGUGCUGGUGACCUCAUCACUCAUGUGAACGGUGAGCCGGUCCAUGGACUGGUGCACACAGAGGUGGUUGAGCUCAUAUUGAAGAGUGGAACAAAGGUGACCGUGACCACUACUCCCUUUGAGAACACGUCCAUCAAAGUCGGCCCAGCACGCAAGUCCAGUUACAAAUCCAAGAUGGCCCGGAGAAACAAGAGGACAAUGGGCAAAGAGGGACAGGAGAGUAAGAAGCGCACUUCUCUGUUCCGGAAGAUCACCAAACAGUCCAACCUGCUGCACACCAGUCGAAGCCUAUCCUCUCUCAACCGUUCACUGUCCUCUAGUGAAAGCCUCCCGGGCUCUCCCACCCACAGCCUCUCUGCCCGUUCCCCAACCCAGAGCUAUCGUUCCACCCCUGACUCUGCCCACCUCGGCGCUUCUUCUCAGAGUAGUUCUCCAGCCUCCAGCACCCCCAAUUCCCCAGCAGCCUCGCAGCACAUGAGACCCAGCUCGUUGCACGGUCUGUCCCCCAAGCUACACCGGCAGUACCGCUCUGCCCGCUGCAAGUCUGCAGGCAACAUCCCGCUGUCUCCACUGGCACACACGCCCUCUCCCACCCAGUCUUCACCCCCACCCCUGCCUGGCCACACAGUGGGCAGCUCUAACACUACACAGGCUUUCCCUGCCAAGCUGCACUCCUCGCCACCUGUAGUCAGACCCCGGCCCAAAAGUGCUGAGCCACCCCGCUCUCCGCUGCUCAAGCGCGUGCAGUCGGCUGAAAAGCUGGGCUCACCGCUCUCCUCUGCUCAGGAUAAGAAGAUUGUCGGAGGAGCUGGGAGUGCAGUAAUACGCAAGCACAGUCUGGAAGUAUCGCACCCAGACUACCGCAAGGAAGCCUUUCACAGUGAGCUGGGCUUGCAGAGCCUACUGGAGACAGAGGGUGAGAACCUGCCACCUCACACUUCCUCUUCACCCACGUCUUGUGAAACAGGAACCCUCAAGCCGGUCCGGAAGCUGGGGAGGCAGGAGUCACCACUCAGCCGGGAUACUCUCCUAGGUGGUAGGGAAAGGCUCACUGACGCUGUGGAGGGAAGUGGUGGCGGAUUAGGAGUGCUUUUGGAGAAGUCACCCACCAAAGCUGAGGCCACCGAAGCUGCCAAGAUAACAACAGUGAGUGAAACUACCAGGGUGAAAGCCCCAGUAGCUGCGGACAUCCAGAGAGGUCCACUUGCAGUUGCUCCAUUACUGGGGCAGAAAUCCACCCCUCUGAGUGUAUCACUUGUGAAGGUGCCUACAAUGGACAUAGUAAGCAAAACUUCAGAUAAGUCACCAGAACAAAGAAAGGUACAGAGUUCAAAUGACAAGACUCACAAGCAGCCAGUCGUCCAGAUGCAGACCUGUACAACUGACAAGGCCCAGGAGAAGAAUGGGCUGAAACAGUCACCUCUUGUGACUGACAAGAAAUCUGACUGUCUUCAGGGGGGAGAUGUAGGCAAGGGCAGUCAGAACCUUGAGAAAGAUAGAGCAGUAGUCGCAGCAGAGAUGUCCAAGGCAAGCAAAAUAUUUGACAUGAAAGACAGUGUCAAAAUAGGAGAACCCAGCAAGGCUGAUAGAACUCCUGACACCAGAGUGAAAAGCCCUGUACCUCCAACUCAGGGUCUGUGUUCAUCGUUGGGUCCAGGUCUAUCAUCGAGUGUACCACAACCACUAACUUCAGUCCCUUCUAUUGCUUCCAGUCCAGCAGUGGCUACAUUAUCAACAUUGACUCCAGCCCCUUCAGUAGCCCCAGUUCUAUCACCAGCUAUUGGACAAUUAUCAACUCCUUCCCCUUUAACAGUUCCAGAGUCAUCACUGGGUAAAUCAUUGACUCCAGCACCACCACCAGCUCCAGCGAUAUCACAUUUUUCUACUCCUUUAUCUGUUUCUGUUCCAUCACUGGCUGUAAGUAAAUCACCGACUCCUGCACAGUUACCCACUCCAGGACUGUCACUAGCUUCAGGCCCAUCUAUGACUCUAGGGAAAUCACUUACUCCUGUAUCAUCACAGACUCCAGGCUCAUCUGCAGCUGAGUCAGCACCAGUCCCAUCACUUACUCCAGGUGCAUUGCUAGCUGUAGGUAAAUCGUUUACUCCAGCAGCAUCACUAGCUUCAGCAAAAACACAUUCUCUUACACCUUUAUCUGUUUCCAGUCCAUCACUAGCUGUAAGUAAACCAACAAUUUCAGCAUCAUUAUCAGCUCCAGGACCAUCACUAGGUGCAGGGCAACCACAGACUUCUGGACCUUCAAAAAGUUCAUGUCCAGCAUCAACUAUAAGCCAGACAUCUGCUUCAGGGCCAGCUCCUUCCCAGACUUCAGAGCAGCCUUUGGUCCCACCUCUAGUUUCAUCAUCGUCUCGAGCUGCAAUCGUGUCACGUGCUACAGAAACCUCAUCAGACCCAGCUCUGGGUCCAUCUUCUGUCCCAUCCUUUGGUCCACCACAAGCCUCAGUUGCAGCAUCACCAACUCAAGCCCAAUCUGUGGCUAAAUCAAGGCAGGGCAAAGGUACAUCUCCAGUGAACUGCUAUCGAGGGUCUCUAGGGUGGGAAGAGAAGUGUAUCCUUGAGGUAGUGGAAGAACACCCCUCUACCCCCAGCCCUUCUCCUACCUCUUCCUCUCCCAGCUCUAGCAAGUCUCGCCCUGUGUCCCCUGGUGAAAAGGCAAGUUUUGUCACACAGCUUACCAGUGUGGCCAAAACCGUUCUUGCACCUAUCAAGAUGGGGUCUCAAGAAGGGGUCAAGACAAAACACAGCCUUAGCGCCGUUGAAGACAGCAAGGGCAGCUCAGCAGGAAAGUCUGAAACAUCUUCCGGAGGUCGGCUAGCUCCUUCAGCGACAACUCCUGGUUCAGCCACUUCUCCUCAUGCAAAGAAGACAGACAGUUUAGUCAAAUAUCAGUCAUCAAGUUGAAAUGCCUUUUGAAACAAUGCACCACAUCUCACUUCAAGGACCAUUGAAGCUCUUGGGAAAAAAGACAUGAAAGAUGUCAUUGAGGUACAUCCAAGUUAAAACAGACCAAAAUAAACAAGCAAAACAAUUGUAAAGGUGCUUCAACAGCUGUUUUCAGAUAUGUAUAUAUAAGGUGUUGCUCCAUGGUCCAUAUGUAUGUAUUUAUUCUAGAUUUGUGCAAAUGCAUGUUCUCGUGUAGUCUGUAUAAAAGAGAAAACAGUGCUGUUUUGACCUAAGAAUCCUGAAUACUGUGAACACCAAAUCUAGUCAUUCAUUUACAGUGUUACCAAUGUAUCAAAACCUUCCGUUUCAUAUUUCCGAUCAGCUUAAAAUGAAAAUGGCCUGUCUGUAGUCAAAACAGGUACUUGCAGAAGUAGGAAUGAAACAACACAUUGUGAGAAAUUUCAUUUUGGGAAAUGCACCUGCUCUUGUUGCAUCUGUUUUUGGCACAUCUAACGGCUAAGUCUGUAGAUCUAUUCAACACACACACACACACACACACACUGUCUGAAACAGCUUGUCCCAAGCAGGGUUGU